ACAAUACAUAUCAAAACAUGCACUGACUUAGCUUAAUUGAAACUUAAACGUAACAACAAGCAAACGGCGCGUACUGGCCAUUGUACCUUAUUAAAUUUAGAAGUAUACGUCAUUUUGAAAUUUGUAUCAAACUGAGCACGUUCAAUAUUCGGGAGUUUUUAUAAGUAGAGCUAGUGUUGAGGCGCUCGGGGUAGGUCGUAGGGCGCUAGAGUGUUCGGUGGCGCGGGGCGCGUGCCCCGGGGCGCAAGGUGGAGGACGAGGGCGCACUGCUGGGGCGGCUGCAGGGGGCGCUGCGCGGUGGCGCCGCCGUCCCCUCGCCCUCGCGCGUCGCCAGCUCCAUCAGGGGCUACCUUUCUAACAAGGUCGGCUCGCUGCAGCUCAGAGAUACAGGUUCCGAAGUCCCACUCGAGGAUCGCGUCGGGGGACAGGCCAAUGAUCGCUAAACGAGACGCGCACGCGCACGAUACACACACGGGGCGCCCCAUAGAACAUGAUCACAGCGUCGCGCGACAGUUAAAACUAUACCGAAAAGAAUAAGGACGAAAUCAAGAUGGCCGAAGGACCGCAGACGAUUUGGCAAAAGAUCGAUAGCGCCAUGAUACCCAUGGUAAAUCUGGAGGUGCGAGAAGUCCGUGAGAUUCUCUGGGAAAAGAUCCAGGAACCAACCUCCCAGCGCAAAAUCAUCUUAGUGAUUGUAUCGAUAGCGCUGUUGCUUGACAAUAUGCUGUACAUGGUGAUUGUGCCGAUUAUCCCCGACUAUCUACGGUAUAUCGGUGCGUGGGGCGAAGCGGCGUACGAUCACGUAGUGACUCUGCCUCCUAUUAAGGAAGGUAAUAGGACCAUCAUUCCGACCAAGAUUAUCCCCGCGACUCACGAAGGACAAGAUUCCGCGACGGGAGUCCUGUUCGCAUCGAAAGCCAUCGUCCAGCUCAUGAUCAACCCUUUCUCCGGUGCCUUAAUCGACCGAAUUGGGUACGACAUACCCAUGAUGAUCGGACUUAUCAUUAUGUUCCUUUCUACCUCCAUUUUCGCUUGCGGUCGAAGCUACAGCAUGCUAUUCUUCGCCAGAAGUUUACAAGGCGUAGGGUCUGCGUUCGCGGAUACUGCAGGCCUUGCAAUGAUAGCCGAUAGAUUUACAGAAGAGAACGAGCGGUCGAAAGCUUUGGGUAUUGCAUUGGCGUUUAUCAGUUUCGGAUGUCUAGUCGCACCACCCUUCGGAGGCGCGUUGUAUCAAUUCGCUGGCAAGGAAGUACCGUUUUUGAUACUCGCAUUGAUAUCUCUCUUAGACGGCUUUAUGUUGCUACUCGUGAUGAAGCCUUUGAAAGUACAAAUGCUAGAAGCUAAUCAACCGAAACCAGCGGGAACGCCCAUUUGGAAACUUUUGAUUGAUCCCUACAUUGCUGUUUGUGCUGGAGCUCUGAUGAUGUCUAACGUUGCAUUGGCUUUCAUCGAACCUACCAUAUCCUUGUGGAUGGAAGACAAUCUGACUAAAGAUAAUUGGAAAAUUGGUAUGAUUUGGUUGCCCGCGUUUUUUCCUCACGUAUUGGGGGUCAUAAUAACUGUAAAGAUGGCGAAACAGUACCCACAUAUGCAGUGGGCGAUGGCUGCAGGAGGUCUGGCGUUAGAAGGGCUUUGUUGUUUCAUCAUACCGUUCGCAAGUUCGUACAAAAUGUUGAUGAUACCCAUCUGUGGCAUUUGCUUUGGCAUAGCCCUUAUCGACACCGCUCUACUGCCAACACUUGGUUACCUAGUGGAUGUGCGGUACGUCUCUGUGUACGGAAGCAUCUAUGCGAUUGCAGAUAUAUCCUAUUCGUUUGCAUACGCCGUGGGACCCAUUAUCGCUGGUGAAGUAGUCGAAGCCAUUGGCUUCACUGCGCUCAACUUUCUAAUCGCCUUUGCAAAUCUUCUCUACGCUCCUGUGCUCCUAAAACUGAAACACAUUUAUGAUUUUAAACCAUUCGAGAAUGAAGCCAACAUCUUGAUGGCGGAUCCUCCGGAUAAAGAGUAUCAGACGUACAGUAUGCAAGAUCAGAGACCCGUGAACGGAGAAUACAAGAACCAUUUGGAGUAUUCGAACGUGUCCGGUGUGCAGGAGACGAGUGUAGAUUCUGGUGCUUACUCCUAUGAUCAGUCGUAUCAGGGUGGGUACCAGGGUUCUAAUGAAGGAUACGAUCAGCAGCAGGGGUACCAACAAGAAUACCAGCAACAAGGCCAAGGGUACAGCCAACCGCGGCAGCUACCGGCGCAGCCGCAGCCUACGGUGAGCAAUCCGUUCCGAGCGGCGCAGGCUGCGUCCGCGCCCGCGCCGGCUCCGGCCCCCGCACCCGCUCCCGGGCCCGCCAUCAAGAAUCCCUUCAGGCAAGGCUUCUAGAGCCCUCCCAAUUCAGUGUUGUUGUCUUUUUGAAUUUACUUGUUGUGUAAUUAUAAAUGUCUUAUACUUGGUACUUCGAUCACUGAGCCACGCCUCAUCGGCGGGUUGUUUAGUGUUUGACUAAAUGUCUAUUAUAGCUGUGCUUGUAAUAUAAUAUUGUAGAACUUUGGACACUGAUUUCAGGGUGGCGUCUCUCGGACAGAUAUAAGUGCAAUCAGUUUUGUAACGGCUGUAUCAGAAAGCUAUAAUCUUUUCAUAUCGAAAGAAAGACGAAAGAAUAAAACUAGUUUCGCCUUCAGAGUGGCACCCUGAAACCAGAGGUCCCUUUCUUGUUGACUCGUAUCAUUCGAAUGUAUUUAACAAAUGUUGAUUAUGCCUUCUCAUAGUAUAUAGAACCGUAAUCUGUUCUCAUAUAAGAACCAAUAUCGUUUAAGAGAACAAACAAGUGUGGUGGAGUUACAAUCACCAAAUUUAAAAAUAGAAAUUAUUUAAAGGUACACUAUGUAUCUGUUAAUACAAUAGUCAGAAUUGUUGUUGUAAUACAUUUUUUCAUUAAUACGUUUUCGUAGGCAGCUAAACGUAAUAUGUCCUAAGAUAUAAAUAUUUUUAUCAAUACAAAAAUCUUUUCAAACCUACCUACGUGGCAUUUCGCACCGAUCAGUAGGUCACCACGGAAGCACUAAAAUCCUAAAAGGGCCUAAGAUGUUACAUUUAUUAACCAAUCGUUAGGCGCUUACACUUUUAUUAAAAAGUUUAAUAAUAUAGUCGUAACAGAUAUAAUUUAAAAGUGUUACGAUUCGACGUGGUUUAGGCUUUUUAUUUUUGUAUGACGGGUUAUGCUUUGGUCUAUGAGUACGUUUUAGUACCACACUUACAAUAAUUUUUGUACGGGCAAAACGCUCCAUACAUAUGAAUUAAAUUCCAUAUAUUACACAGUGUGCGUAGUUGAAGCGUGCUAAUAAAUAUAGCACAACCCCAAGUAAGGGGGUCACCAUAUUUAUCGACUUGGAAUCGAUCAGAAAAGACUUUGUGCCUGUGCAACAACAGCUUAUCGUCGGUGAUCCGAGUGGGAGUGUCACAUCUUUAAUUUUUUUGUAACGAGUUCAUGCAGAUUCUAUGUCGACAAAUACGGUGAUGCCCUAAGGAGUCAAGGCACAAAUUCAAAUAUAUCGCUCUGAAAAUGGCCUUCAAAAUGUGAAUAUUGUUGACCUACCUUAAUGUUGUGUUUCAGGGUAUCAGACCUGUUUUAGAAGCUAUGUAAUUGUAAUGAGGUAUAAAUGUCAUCAUGUAAGUUUUCCUUCCUACGCUCUCAGCAAUAUUAGUCUAAGAUAUAGUAUCAUCAAAAUAUCAAUUAAUUUAUCAAUUAGGUAAGUCCAACUUGUGAUAAAGUUGCAACCAAGUAACGAAACAUAUCAGAAUCUUUUGAUUCACCUAGCGUAAGAAUGUUGUUUAAGGUUCUCUAGUUGACUGUACAGUAAUUCGUAGGUAGAUUUGUGUCCUUUUCGAAUAUUUAUUGUAAUAGAUUAUUGUAAAUCUUUUAGCAGUUAUGUGCCGUCAGAUUUCGACACAGUGUGGUCACUCGGUGCGACAACAUCGUGCAAUACGACCAUAGCCAAGUAAAUAUUUACUUCAUUACCUGCCUCUUUCAAUAUGUUAAACAAUGUUUUCAACCGUACCCAACACGCACGUGUAGUGCGUGAUGUUUAAAAAGUUAUAUUAUAUUUUGAGUUUACAUUAAAAACCAAUGUAAUAAUAAUAACAUAUUAACGUUGUUUGUUUAUCAAACCUUAAUGAAAAUGGAAGUAAAUUACUGUUUAAUUAAAAUAUAAAAUGAUAUUUUUAUUCAUUUACUUACAUUAAUGAAUUCAUUCUUCGGCCGAGCGUCGAACAGGCAACAACCCCUGAGGAUGCCUCGUAGAGAGGCGAAACACGUGUCGGGUAUAUUUUUGAGAGAUGGUAUUUGAGACUGUAGUUACGGAUUUAUUUUAUUAAUUUUAUGCGGUGGGGGAGGGAAUUUGACGACAUGAAAGAAAAAAUCAACACAAGGACAGCUAUUUUGCACGAUUUAACUUUCCUGGGUUCGUGGAAUAGCAAAUUAAUUUACUCCUAUUUUGAUUAACAUGGAUUAAUGCAAAGGAACGAUUCUAUUAAUUAUUUCACUUAAUUUGGCUCGAGUAAAUUCGUUCCAUAGUCGUAUUAGCCUAUAAGUCGAUUGGUGAGUUGCUAGUUUUUGAUGAAAUAAAAACAGUGUUGCCUUGAAGUAUCGACUUCACUGAAUCAUUCAGUGUACCAUCGUGGUGAAUUAAGCCGUCUUAAUAAUUUGCAAGUAUUAAUAUAAAAGACAGAAUUUGAUAAUAGCAAAAUGAUAGAUAUAAGUAGAGAAUUUUAAACUCUUUUUUCUCUUUCAUAUCAUAAAGUCUUUAGUGUUUGUUUUUGUUCAUGUUUUAGAACUUGAUAGACAGGGCAACAUUUUUGCACAAAUUGCCAUUAGUAGGUGUAAUUUUGUUAUUUCUAUUUAAAAAACCGACACUCGCAAAACAAUGGCGCUUAGUAACAAAGGGUACGCCUACGCUAAAGUAUUAAAAGUGGUUGAAAAGAAAGAGUGUAUAUUUUAGUCUAUACAUUUCUAGCCGUCUCAAGUUGAAAGAUACAAACCUCACGCCCGAAUGACCACACGUAGUAAACUUAUUUUGCAGUACGUCAGAGUCAAAAUUAAAUGAUAUAAAAUAAAUUGUACAGGAAAAUGAGAAACGAGCCCAACAUGUCAAUUGCGAGUGUAUAAAGUAAACGUGAAUAAUGUGAAUAUAUUCGUUAUAUUGUUGUAAACAAUGCUAAGGUUCGUUCUGUUGCUUUAAGAGCUCACUAAUAGUGAAAUUAUUGGACUGAACAACAUUGGACUGUAUAUGCACCUCAAGGGUGGAUUUAGAAUUUAGAAAAGAACGGCAAGUAUUAAAACGUCCUAAAACACAGCACUAUCUUAAUUAAUACAGAAGUGUGAAGUCGAUCGGUUUUAUUGCAAGACAAUCGGGUCAAUUCUAGUCAAUUCGAGUCUAAUGAAUUCACUAAUAGAAUAUUAAUAGGAACAUGUUUUUGAAAGUCAAACGUUGAGUUUGAAAUUUUGAAUUUUUAGCCUGCAAAGUACAAUAGUUAUUGUAGAAAUACCUCUGCACAAGAUUAAGUUCAAACAAAUUGCACAAAUCACAUAUCGUUGUAAGCAUUCGUUAGCUUACAUUUUGUAAAGUGUGUAUGAUAUUGCAAUGUGCGAUUCAAAACUUGCAGUUCCCUAUUUGUAAUAUGUUAGAGAGCUAGAUGUUUAUUCGGGAGGCGAUCAAAGUACCUCUCGAUUAUCGUAAUGUAAGUUUAGAGUCAAUUUUCGUGUCAAAUUCUCCCGAAAUUCAAUUAAUUAGUAGAAGUCAGCACAAAGUUGUAAUUAUUAACUAUAGGUAGCGUGUGCUCGAAGUGUUUUGGCGAAAUUAUAAAUAUCAAAUAAACAAUAUCGUUGUUAAUUACAAAAACGAAUUUACUUUAUUGGACAUAAAAACAUUAAUAAUGAAACGAACGUGUGAAAAAAGGACGAUAGAGUAAUUGCAGCUCGCAAAUAUUCUGCCAGAUAAUACCUACGUUCUAACGAAAAUUGUAAGAAACAAGUACGUAUUUUUUAUAUUAUCGUGUAUAAUUCGCAUUAUUUGUUGAGACUAACUAUCAAUCUGCAUAAUAAUACAAUUAAACGUUUAAAAAAACGUAAAUACUUAUUGGUAUUUAAAAUUUUCCAAAACACGCGACCAAAAUAUCAUAGCAAUGUGUUAUGUUGUGCAUAGUAGACAUAUUCAACUUGUGUGAGCAAUUAUACAUAUUUUUAUAGAAAACUAUGUACUAUAUACUAUAGCAAU